UAUCACCUGAAGGUGACCCUCAUCCCGGCCUUUACCUUGCUGAAGUGAUGUGUCGUGGGGAAACAUGGCGACAGGCAGGGCGGACGUGUUGAGGCUGUUGUCUGUGGUGAUCCUUGUAAUCAGUGUUGCCGAUGGGGCAGAUACAUUGGACAAGUUCAAGUGUCCGGAGGGCUGGAUGCUGCAAAUUCAGUCUUGCUACAAGUGGGGCACCAGCCAGAUGACGUUCUCUGAUGCCCAGGAUCAAUGUCGUCAGUCGGAGGCCACAGUCAGAGUCAUCAAGAACAAGGAAGAGAACCAACUCUUCACAGUGUCCAACAGUGGAGACACUUACUGGCUCGGGAUACAAUGGAUCAACCAGAAAUGGGGGUAUCAGACAAACGGAACAACCACAGACCUUACGUACACAGCAUUCUCCAGUUCUAGCUACAACUUCAACAGGCCCAAUUGUGCAGUAUGGCAGUCUACAACGAAGGUAUGGUCGGCAGAGUCUUGCACUAACAAGCAUCUGUUCAUCUGUCAGAAACCUCAAGACUGUGUCCCUGGUCGUUUUGGAGAGAACUGUACCAACCAGUGUCACUGCAGAGCGGAUGUCUGCAAAUCCACUUCCGGUAUCUGCAAAUAUGGCUGCCAGAUAGGCUGGACUGGGAAAUCUUGUGAUACUGAAAAAAAGAAAGCCGAGGCCAAGUUCUACUGCUUCAAGAUCCAAGCACGUAAUGUGAUGAUGUUUCGUGUAGAUCAAAGGGGGACGGUCUACCGGGAUGUGUCUGCCAUAGAUGAGCAUGGGGACACUGUUGACACUUGUAGCCGAACCGUGUAUGACCACUUCGAGCCUGGAGGGACGGGGACGCUGAAGGUGACGCAAACUGCCAACAACAGUUUCACGCCUUAUUGUAGAGGAAACGAGGUGUCGAAUGAGGUUCACUCCUGGAAGUUCAGAUUCAGGGAGUACCCAAACACCUCCUCCGCCUACGACAUCAUGUUUGAGGUGAAGUGCGACUUUACUAACGCCAACUCCUUGGAGAUUUCUACGACAUCCAACACUGACAAACCUGCCAACAAGUCAACAUCACUCACCGAGAGCACGUUGUCCGUGAGUCUGGACAUCAUCGACCCUGUCAAUAACCUCUCUGUAACCACAGCAAAACUGGGCCAGCAAGUUCGUCUCCAGAUGAAGCUGAACAACGACGAGGAGUUCGGCGUGAGCGCUAUCUCUCCAUUCAACUGCUCUGUCGGGACACUGGACCAAAGACACGAGGUCUUCUUCACUGACGAACACGGAUGUUCUCCCAGAGAUGCCCAAAUUCUCUUCCUGAAUAACGACGUCACGAGAUGGCGCAGCGAGAUGUUCGAAACAUUCUCUUUUCCCGGUUAUGAUAAACUGUUCUUCCGGUGCCAGUACCACGUGUGCUUCACAGAGCAACAGCAUUACUGCAGGGAUAUGUGUAGUCUCUCCAAGACGGGUAACUCCAGACAGCCCCACAAGAGGAGUUUAAUCUUCAACCACCUGGAUGAAGAGAUACCGGCAAAGCUGACAACCUUGAAACUUGUGUAAUUGCUGUGAUUAAUAUUUCGUGUUGCUAUGAAAACUGCGAUAAAUCAUUUACCGUA